CAGUCCCUGUCUCCUUCUCUCAGAUCCGAAUUCGAAAACCCUAGCGAGCUCCGAUUUGAUUCCGAUCGAAGAAAUCUAGCGCUCCUGAGCUUCUCAAUUACCCGAACCUUAGCCUCUCCAAUCUUUUUCGGUCGAUUCUCUUGCGAUCUCACUCCCUGCAAUGGCAUCUCAGCAGCAGGCAGCAGCUGGAUCUCCUCCACCCCCUCAAGUUGUGGGGAAUGCGUUUGUUCAGCAGUACUACAAUAUCUUGUAUAAUUCGCCAGAGCACGUGCAUCGAUUCUAUCAGGACAAUAGCAAGCUCGGCCGGCCCGAGGGUCAGGGCGAUAUGAGCUCCAUCACUACUCUUCAAGCAAUAGAUGAGAAGAUAACUUCAACGGACGACGGUGGAUUGAUGGCUGAGAUAAAGACGGUGGAUGCCCAAGAAUCGGUCGAUGGUGGGGUGCUUGUCCUGGUGACUGGGUACCUUACUGGGAAGGACAAUAUCAGGAGAAACUUCACGCAGUCAUUUUUCCUUGCCACCCAGGACAAAGGAUACUUUGUCCUGAAUGACAUUCGUAGAUAUCUGGAUGAGACUGACCAACAACAUGGCAAUGUGGCAAAUGGAGCUGUUGCUCCUUGCACAAUAGAACAAGAGGCUCCACAGCCACUCGAGGAACAGGUUCACGAACAAUCUGAGUUGCCACCAGAGGAGAAUGUGAUUGGAGAAGAAGAGAAUGCAAUUGAAGAAGUUCAUAACCCUUCGGAGCAUGAUGAGGACCCAGUUGUGGAGGAGGAAACACCGGAAAGUGAGGUCGAAGAUGAAGUUCCAAACAGUUCACAGGCAUUGGCAGCAAAUUAUGAUUCUACUGCUAUUCAGGAAGAGGCACCAAAGAAAUCAUAUGCUUCAAUUUUAAAACUCAUGAAAGAGAAUGUCGUCCCUUCGUCAGUUUCUGCACCUGCUCCGGUUAAGGCUAUACCCUCCAAACCAGAAAGACAGGCAGCCCCUGCUCCUACUCAAGCUCCUUUACCUGACAUUUCUGCUGUCAGUUCAAAUGCUCCAGAAACCAGCAGUGUCCCAGAAUCUGAAGCUGAUGGCCAUUCAGUAUACAUAAAAGGACUACCACUAAACGCGACGCCUGAACAUCUUGAAGAGGAGUUCAGGAGGUUUGGUCCUAUUAAGCCUGGUGGCAUACAAGUUAGAAGCCAUAAGCAACAAGGAUUCUGUUUUGGUUUCAUAGAAUUUGAGACUGUUACUUCUGUCCAGAGUGCAAUAGAGGCUUCGCCUGUAAUGAUUAGUGGCUGCCAAGCUUUUGUUGAAGAAAAGCGGCCUGCUGGUGCACGAGUGAGCGGCAGAGGUAGGUUCUCUGGAAGAAUGGGCGGUUUCAGGAAUGAAGGUGGCCCAAGAGGGCGUGGUGGUAACUUUGGUGGUGGCCGGAGUUAUGGAAGGGGCGAUUUCAGUAACAAGACUGACUUUGGAGGCAGAGGUGGCAGGGCCGGAUCAAGUCGUGGAGGCGGGGAUGGUGGUGGUUAUCAGAGGGUAGAUCGUGGGGUCCGCUCCACAUAUGUUGCCAGCGGAUCCUCCAAGAACGCCACACCUCGGGUUUCAUCUUCUGCCUAAAGAACAUCACGUGGAGAGAGAUUUUUGGCGUACAGCUAAGCUUUUGGUUUUCAUAGUUAAUUGAUGUUUUGGUGCUCAGGAUGAUAAUUUCAUCCAAGAGUGCUUCCUCUAAACUAAUUUCUAAGAUGGUAUAAAGGCUGCAAGGCUCUUUUACUCACCUUUUCAACCCCCGGUCCCACCUAUUAGACUAUUGUGUAAUUGGUAGCUGAUUGCUUAUGUAGAAUAUGGAAGAUGUUCAGGGGGGAAAAGAACAGUGAACAGUUCCAUUUGGUUAACUUCUGCUAGGAUUUUUGUGUUAGUUUUCUUUUUAUUUUUCUUCUUGCCAAUAUGUUGGAAAGAACAAGUGCUUUCAUUUUUUUUCUUCGGUUUCUUCCUAAUUUAUAUGUGAACAACACCUGAGUGAAUUGUCACUUCAUUCAGAAAUGGAUACUGUUCUUGAGGCAA